CUCGCGCCCGGGGCCAAGGUCCUCCCGCGCCUGAGGCUACAGCGGGCGCCGAGAAGAGCGCCUGCGGCCCCCGCCCCUUCCUCCGCACUUCCGCGCCCCGGGACCAUGGCCGCGCCGGCGGGUGAGGAUGCCUGGCGGUGUCGGGGCUGUGGGGACCGUGUUGCUCCAAGCCAGAGGUUGUACAGGACUGUCAGCGAAGCCUGGCACAGCUCGUGCUUCAGGUGUUCGGAAUGCCAGGAGUCCCUCACCAACUGGUACUACGAGAAGGACGGGAAGCUCUACUGCCACAAGGACUACUGGAGGAAAUUCGGGGAAUUCUGCCACGGGUGCUCUCUGCUGAUGACAGGGCCUGUCAUGGUGGCCGGGGAGUUCAAGUACCACCCAGAGUGCUUUGCCUGUAUGAGCUGCAAGGUGAUCAUCGAGGAUGGGGACGCAUAUGCCCUGGUGCAGCACGCCACCCUCUACUGUGGGAAGUGCCAUAAUGAGGUGGUGCUGGCACCCAUGUUUGAGAGGCUCUCCACCGAGUCUGUUCAGGACCAGCUGCCCUACUCCGUCACACACAUCUCCAUGCCAGCCACCACCGAGAGCCGGCGGGGCUUCUCCGUGUCCGUGGAGAGCGCCUGCUCCAACUACGCCACCUCCGUGCAAGUAAAAGAGGUCAACCGGAUGCAUAUCAGUCCCAACAACCGCAAUGCCAUCCACCCUGGGGACCGCAUCCUGGAGAUCAAUGGGACCCCCGUCCGCACGCUGCGCGUAGAGGAGGUAGAGGAUGCAAUCAGCCAGACGAGCCAGACGCUUCAGCUCCUGAUUGAACACGACCCCGUCUCCCAGCGCCUGGACCAGCUGCGGCUGGAUGCACGGCUCUCCCCCCACCUGCAGAAUGCUGGGCACUCACACACCCUCAGCACCCUGGACGCCAAGGAGAACCUGGAAGGGACCCUGAGGAGACGUUCCCUGAGGCGCAGUAACAGCAUCUCCAAGUCCCCCGGCCCCAGCUCCCCAAAGGAACCCCUGCUGUUUAGCCGUGACAUCAGCCGUUCCGAAUCCCUUCGCUGUUCUAGCAGCUACUCGCAGCAGAUCUUCCGGCCGUGUGACCUGAUCCACGGGGAGGUCCUGGGGAAGGGCUUCUUUGGGCAGGCCAUCAAGGUGACACACAAAGCCACGGGCAAAGUGAUGGUCAUGAAGGAGCUGAUCCGGUGUGACGAGGAGACCCAGAAGACCUUUCUGACUGAGGUGAAGGUGAUGCGCAGCCUGGACCACCCCAACGUGCUCAAGUUCAUCGGGGUGCUGUACAAGGACAAGAAGCUGAACCUGCUGACAGAGUACAUUGAGGGGGGCACGUUGAAGGACUUUGUGCGCAGUGUGGACCCGUUGCCCUGGCAGCAGAAGGUCAGGUUUGCCAAAGGCAUCGCCUCUGGAAUGGCCUACCUGCACUCCAUGUGCAUCAUCCACCGGGAUCUGAACUCGCACAACUGCCUCAUCAAGCUGGACAAGACCGUGGUGGUGGCAGACUUUGGGCUGUCACGGCUCAUCGUAGAGGAGAGGAAGAAGCCCCCAGUGGAGAAGGCCACCAGCAAGAAGCGUACCCUGCGCAAAAAUGACCGCAAGAAGCGCUACACGGUGGUGGGGAACCCCUACUGGAUGGCCCCCGAGAUGCUGAAUGGAAAGAGCUACGACGAGACGGUGGAUGUCUUCUCUUUCGGGAUCGUUCUCUGCGAGAUCAUCGGGCAGGUGUAUGCAGAUCCUGAUUGCCUGCCCCGCACACUGGACUAUGGCCUCAACGUGAAGCUUUUCUGGGAGAAGUUUGUCCCCACAGACUGCCCCCCAGCCUUCUUCCCUCUGGCCACCAUCUGCUGCAAACUGGAGCCCGAGAGCAGACCGGCAUUCUCAAAACUGGAGGACUCCUUCGAGGCCCUCUCCCUGUACCUGGGAGAGCUGGGCAUCCCGCUGCCCGCCGAGCUGGAGGAGCUGGACCACACUGUGAGCGUGCAGUACGGCCUGACCCGGGACUCGCCCCCCUAGCCCUGGCCCAGCCCCCUGCUGUGGGCAGGGCCGUCCCAGCUUCCUGUGGAUCGGCAGCUUGUUGAGAAGCAGAACAAGCCAUCCCUACUACCUCCCCAGGAGGCGAGCCAGGCGCAGCACCAGGGAAAUGCAUCUCCUCACGUUCUGGGGCCUGGUUACUGUCUGUACACCCAACACUCGCCUGAAAGCUGUGAAGAAGAAGAAAAAAACAGGCUGGUCCCUGGGCCAGGAGGAAUCUGUUACUCGUGACCUCUCGGGAAUUCCCUGGGACUCCAGGCUCUUGCUUACACUAAUCAGCCAGGCAGGAUUCCAGGGUGAACCAGCCCCUGGGCUCCGAGGUCUGGGGUCCAGCUGAGGACUGGAGCACUUCAAGCGGCCGGUCGGUCGGUCGGUCGGUCGUGUGGAUGAGAGCAAGACUGGGGGCCAGGCUGCAACCCAAGGAUGUGAACUGACAGUGGUGCUACCCUCCCUUCACUGCAUGUCCCGCCCUCCCCUGGGCGGGGUCGAGGGAACAGGUUUCGAAGAGGCCCUUAGUUUGUGGUGGAACUGGCCAGGAGUCGGGAAGGGCUGGUUUCUGUUCACCUGCCAGGCCACGUCAACGCUUUCGCCUCAUGUUCUCACACUGCAUUGUGCAUGAGCAUCUCUCUGCCUGUAACAGGAAGUCGCCCACCUUGCAGGAAGAGGCUGGGGGCAGGAAAGAAAGAGGCUCUGCCCUCUGGGACCCCAUAUCCUGGCUGCUGUCCCUCGGAGCCUGAGACAUGUUGCCUAGAGCCGGGUGGAUUCUGGAGGAUAGUAUGGCUUGUCACAAGCCCGCUGCAUGAGGCUGGGGGAGUGGGAAUCUCAGCAGCCUUUUCGCCUUAUGGCAGCUACUGCCCACCCUUCACCAUGCCUAGGUCCAGGCACCAACUUGGGCAGGAAAAGGAGGUGGCAGAGUCCCAGAGCUUAGAUGCUGCGGGAGACCACUCCCUGAGCCGGGCCAUCUGUCCCGGCCUUCCCCUGCUGGCUAGCCCACCUCACUAGCUCCUGGCUGCAGCCUCCUGAGCCACAGCCAUGGGUGCUGUCAAGCCCUGCGGGAAGCCUCUGCCCUUGGCUCCCAGAACUCCAGGGACUCAACACAAAUAGACUGUCUCCUCCUAAGUGUCCGUGAGCGAGCUUGCGCCAUAUUUAACACAUUGGGAAUGGGUCGGGGUAUUGCUGCGAUGUGUGGUGGUUGUGUUGGGGUGGGAGGGAGGAGGUGGGUGGGAGCGAUUCAGGAGAGUGGUUGCUGUUAAUACUAUCCUGUUCUAUGUGUUGGGUGACAUGUGAAAUACUGCUCAUGGACCUGAUGAGUUGUGGGAUUAGAUGUCCCCUCUGGCUACGUUACACAGGCCGUACUUCUGUGUGGCGUGUGCAAGCUUGUGGGGCUGAGCCCUGGGCCCCCAGCAGCAGCAGGUCAGCGCUGUGGCUGGCUGUGCCUCAGCUGCCCCUGCAAGCGUGGGAGUGGUGGGCCCAAGUUGAGCCGUUGAGCAGACCAAAUAAAUUAAGCCGUUAACAUAACUGACGA